GUAUACAGCUGUCUAAUGGAACAAUUGAAGUGAAUGAAGUAUUGAAGAGGAUGGGGUCUAGCAGUGUUGAUUCGUGAAUGUUGGGAGUAGGGAUUCGUGUGGGAACACAGUUAAAAUGCGGUGAAGUUUCAGUCAUAUUUACAGUUCUGGGCACCCAUACACAUCAUAUAAAGGUCCAAGAUGUCAAGUGGUAAAUGCAAGAAUUGCGGCUGCUCUGAAAUUGAUGUGGAUCCAGCCCGUGGAGAUGCAGUGUGUACAAACUGUGGUUCAGUUCUGGAAGACAGCAUCAUUGUGUCUGAAGUUCAGUUUGAAGAGAAUGCACAUGGGGGUAGCUCAGCAUUGGGACAAUUUGUUUCGUCUGACUCCAAAGGAGGCGCAAGAGGGUUUGGGGGUUCUUUUCACGUUGGACUUGGAAAAGAAUCAAGAGAGAUAACAUUAAGGAAUGCAAAAAGAGCAAUAGUUAAUUUGGCUCAACAACUUCGGUUAAAUCAGCAUUGUACAGAAACAGCAUUUAACUUCUACAAAAUGGCAUUACAAGGCCAAUUAACAAGAGGCAGAAGAAAUACCCAUGUUGUUGCUGCGUGUGUUUAUAUGACUUGCCGGAUUGAAGCAACUCCACAUAUGUUGAUUGACUUCAGUGAUGUCCUACAAAUAUGUGUUUAUGAACUUGGACGCACCUAUCUGAGAUUGUCCCAAGCUCUCUGCAUCAACAUUCCAUCCAUAGAUCCAUGUCUGUACAUAUUGAGAUUUGCCAACCGACUUGAGUUUGGUGACAAAACUCAUGAUGUAUCAAUGACAGCCUUGCGAUUGGUACAAAGGAUGAAGAAAGAUUCUAUACAUAUAGGUCGGAGGCCAUCUGGACUUUGUGGUGCUGCUCUCCUGAUGGCAGCUCGACUUCAUGAAUUUAACCGCACCGUCUCAGAUAUAAUCAAGAUUGUGAAAGUACAUAAGUCUACAGUUAGGAAAAGGCUGAUAGAAUUUGGAGAAACACCAUCAAGUUCACUGACAUUGGAUGAAUUUAUGACAGUAGAUUUGGAAGAAGAGCAAGAUCCGCCUUCAUUCAAAGCUGCCCGCAAGAAGGACAGAGAACGGUUACAAAAAAUGGUGGAGGAAGAGGAGACUGUUCACAGCUUCAAUGAACUGCAGCAAGAGAUAGAGAGACAGUUAGAAGAGAAGGCGAGCCUUAAGAAAGCACACAAACGAACACAAGAGCCUGAAGCAGAUUCAGACCGUGAGAGCCAGGAUGCAGACCGUUUCAUUGUUCAGUCAACCCUUGGAACUAUCCAUGAUUAUAUUGCGGAUGAUCCAGAUCCAGAAACUGUUGAUAAUGAUGUUCAGGAUAAGCAAGUGGAUGAGCACACAUCCUCCCUUUCUACAGGGCUAGGUCCAGACAUUGCCAGCAUGGGGCUGGCAAACUCAAUGGAUGAUUGCCCUGAUAUAAGACCAGAAUCCAAUUGUGUGGAAGAUGGGAAUGGUGAAAUUGAUCUCACUGGUAUUGAUGAUGAUGAAAUUGAUUCUUACAUCAUGUCUGAACAGGAAGCCCAGUACAAAGAUUCUUUGUGGAUGAAGAUCAAUGCUACAUAUCUCAAGGAACAGAAAGAGAAAGAAGAAAGAUUAGCAAGAGAAAAAGAGGAAGGAAAACCAGAAAAGAAAAAGAGAAAGCCAUGUCAGAGAAAGCCUAAGAACAACAAUGCUGCUAACUCAGCGGGUGAAGCAAUAGAGAAAAUGCUUCAGGAGAAGAAAAUAUCGUCAAAGAUAAAUUACGAUGUACUGAAAAGUUUAAAUGUUAAAUCAUUAGACACUCCUCAGACACCUACUAAAGAAACCAGUGAAAGUAGUACAAUUUUAACCAAACGACCUGAGAAUAUUUCUUUAUUUGGCUCUCCGGAAAGAAGAAGAACUGACAUGACACUGGAUAGACUGGAUAAUCCAGUACAGAAACCAAAGACAGCUCGAGCUGCACCCAGGACUGAUGGUGUGAUCCGCAAAAACAAGGUUAUAACAGGUCAGGAUUCUCCUAUAGCUGCCAUGACAGCAGAAGAACCUCAGCAGGCAGUAGCAGAAAGGACAGAACUGGCCCCUGAACCUGAACUAGAUGAUGCUGAUGAAUUUGAGGAUGAGCAUGAAGUGGAACAUGAACAGAAUGAUCAAAUGUCUUUGACACAGAUGCUGAAUCAUCAUAGAGAGGAUGAUGAUUAUUAUGGUGGUUAUGAAUAUGAUGAAUAUUAAGUUAUUUCUGUUAACAGUGUUUGUCAAGAUUCCUAAUGCAGGCAGGAAAUCACCUUUCCACAUUCAUUUUCAUUUCUGCUGAAGAAGAAUGUGAGCAUACUCAAGAGUGCAUUAGCAGCAUGUAAAAAUUGGUUUCUUUGCGAACAUCACAGAAACAUUUUGUGUUAAAAGGAGCUAAUGGGGUGUUAAUUAAUGUGUACAGUGCAUGUGCAAAUUUUAUUAACAGACUGGAUCUACAAAUAAGGACUUGUACAUUAUUUUCUGUAUUAUAUUCCACUGUAUGUUUGGAGUGCCAACAUUAAUUCAUAUUUUUGAUUUUGCAUAUUUUCAGAACAGUGAUAUGAAUGUUCUCAUUAUAAGCCUGUCAAAAGUGUUGACUCUUUCAACAUAAAAAGUGAGCUUUAAAAAGACAGGAAAUCCUUGUACAAUGCAGUUAUUUUAUGUCAUUUUGUUAUAUGUCAAUUUUCCUCUGUUUAGUUUAGCUUGCAUUUGUAAUGUUUUAUUACAUAUUUGGAAUUUAAAAUUACAAGGUUUAAUUGUUCAUUUGAUAUCAUAGUUGGUGGUUAUAUAAAUGUCAAUUUAUACAAUUUGUACUGUUCUAAUGUGGUUCACUGUAUCAGGAAAUAUAUGGUAGGAAGUUAACUGUA